AUGACCGACAGGCAUUUGUUUCACGAUCAUACGACGCUCGUCGUGAGAUCUCUCAAAGGGCUCGUCGCAACUCACCCUCACUUGUCUGUCAUCCCCUCUCUGAAGAUUGUCUACCAUGCGAAUCACGAUCCGUCUAAAGUUGCCUUGAUCUGCGGUGGAGGAUCUGGUCAUGAGCCUGGUACGGUCGGAUUUGUAGGACAAGGACUCCUCAGUGCUAGCGUUGCGGGGGAUGUCUUUGCCAGUCCGUCCGCCAAGCAAGUUAUUGGAGGAAUCAAAGCUGUCCCUUCAGACAAGGGAACGAUCCUCAUCAUCACCAAUUAUACCGGUGACAAUCUCCACUUUGGUCUGGCGAGACUCAUGGCGCAAUCGCAAGGUUUGAAGAACGUCGAGCUGGUGGUGGUUGGGGACGACGUCUCUGUCCCUCGAUCAAGAGGAAACAUGGUCGGUCGACGAUGUCUCGCAGGUAUAACCUUGGUCUGCAAGAUUCUCGGUGCGGGCUCUGAAGCCGAUAUGGCCUUCCAUGAUCUCGUGGACUUGGGUCGAUCCAUCUCUACCAAUACAGCUUCUAUCUGUAUGGCUCUGAAUCAUUGUCAUGUACCAGGGAGAGAUACUGCAGACUGGGAGAUCCCUGAAGGACGGUGCGAGAUCGGUUUGGGGCUGCAUAAUGAGACGGGCGUCCUCAACAUUGCUCAACCGGGGCCUGAAGAGCUCAUCGCCAAAAUGCUCAAACUCGUCUUGGAUCAAGAUGAUCCCGAGAGAUCCUUCGUCAAGUUUGCAGAUGGAGACGAGCUCGUCCUCUUGAUGAACAACCAAGGAGGCAUGAGUAAUCUCGAAAUGGGAGCUGCGGUGGACGAAACGCUCAAUCAGCUGGAGGAGAAAGGCAUCACACCUGUCCGAAUCUUCCAAGGCUGUUUCAUGGGGUCAAUGAACAUGCCUGGUCUCUCGAUUUCAUUGACAAAUCUUACCAAUAUUGCGAAAGAUACUGGUGUCUCGACCAAAGAGCUAUUGACAUUGAUCGAUGCUCCGCAUACGUCCUUCGCCUGGCCCGCCACGCAGAACAUCUAUCCCUUGCCUGGCAAGUUGCAGGCCCGCAAAAGGCAAGAUGCAUUUACAGAGGUGGCGAAGGAGGAGAAAGAGGUCGUGGCGUCCGUCCCAAAGCUCUCAACAUCUUCUACGAUGAUACAAAAGGCCAUGAGACAGGCUGCAGAGGAUGUCUUGGCACUCGAGCCAAAGCUCACCGAAUGGGACACUAUUGUCGGAGAUGGAGAUUGCGGAGAGACCUGCGCCAUGGGCGCGAAAGGCGUGCUCGAGGCAAUCGAGAGUCACCAUUUGGGUUCGGAUGGAGACUUGGUCACGUUCUUCAGAGAGCUCACCGAAGUCAUUGAUGAUUCCAUGGGAGGUACGCUAGGAGCGAUCCUGUCCAUCUUUCUAGCUGGUAUCACGACUUCAAUCAUCGACGCUGCGUCUCAAUCUCCUCAGCCGAGUAUCACACCUGAAUUCUUUGGUCAGAUUUGUCUUUCAGGUCUCGAGACGUUGAAACAACGUACGGCCGCUCGUGUGGGACACCGAACCGUGAUGGACGCAAUCAUCCCAUUUUCAGAUACAUUGGCAUCCACUGGAGAUCUGGGCAAGGCUGCCAAAGCCUGUAAAGAGGGUUCAAUGGCAACUGUCAGUAUGCAAGCCAAGCUGGGUCGAGCGACAUAUGUGGGAGAGAGGGAAGAUAGAAAGGAGUUGCCACCUGAUCCAGGUGCCAUGGCGUUCUCCACUGUCAUCGAAGGACUCUUCAAGGCCAUCGGGUAA